CUGCACAUCUGUUAUUUGUUCUCUCUUUCUCUUUUUCGAACAGAUAAAUCAAAUCUAUUUAUUCUUCAACUUUUCAAUCUCUAAAUGCUUAUCAACUAUUUACACACUUAUGCACCUUCAUCUCGCGUGCAAAUUUUAAAUGUCCCCCUGGAUUAGCGCGCGCGAUCUAUCGGUGUGCCGCCGCGGUUAUCUUGCGGCGGCGUCGCUGUCAGAUAGCCCCCGCACAGAUGACAAUCAGCUGACGCUCGAGCUCCGAACUAUACAUAGAUAUACAUAACUCCACAGCACGCACACAUAGUUGUGUGUGUCGCGCGAUUGUGCGAGUUGUUCUUUGUUCUGUACAACUCGAUCGCGUCCACCCUCCACAUAUAGCUGAGCCGUGCGUGCGGUGCAGUGUUGCUGAUCGCGUUCCGAAAUCGACGCAUCGACGACGCGCGCCCGGACGACGACGACGCUGCUGCAAUGUGAUAAUUAAACGCAUUUAAUGCCAUAUGAAUGUCAUCGACGCGUAACGUCGUCGCGAAAUCAUGUCGUCGAGCAGCGCGGCUCGUAGCACGGCUAGCCUCGUCGACGGCCUGAAGCUCUCGCCCGAGCUCGUCAACGUCUGGACGGGAUGGAUUGCCCUGGGAGAUCGAGAGAUCGUCCGCGAGGCUUCGGCCAAGGGACUGCACAUAGAGCUGGCGCACAAGUUUCUGGAAAAGAGGAGGAACUGCACACCUCAGGAGGCCAGGAUGUACUUCAACAAGGAGGUCGAGAUAUGGGUGAAUGGAUUGUUGAAGAAAGGACAGAUUCACAGAGCUUCGCACGUAUUGAAGAAUGUGGGAAAAGUUCCUGCUGAUUAUAUCAAAACAACCUGCAUGAACUCUAAGGAUUCUGGACUGAGAAAUUUUCUGGCUAAACAUGUAGAGUCUUUGUUCACCAUUGAAGAAAAGGAAGCUUGGAAUAUGAUUCACUUGAUCGCUGAACAUGAAAGUGAUUUAAAAUUGUCCGACAACUUGUUGUCUCAAGAAAAUUUAGAAAAAAUAUUGAAAUUGCCACAAAAAAUAAAAGAUGCACUCUACACAGAAUUAUACUUUUAUUGCUACAAACCAGAAAUUGUUGCUUACUUGAAAGAUAAUGUUGUUUGGGAUUACUUGUUAGCCAAUAACAAGCUUGAUUUGUUAAAAUUUUGGAUUGAUCUUUACUACAGUAGUGACAAAUCAUUGGAUCUGAGCAGCAAUUUGGAAAGAAGUGAUAUUCAGUUGUUACUGUCAACUUUAAAAAUAACAAAUGAAAUGAUAUCUUCUAUUGAGUCAUCUAAUGCAAUGCCACUUGUAAAAAAUGAAAUUUUUAAUUACUUGAGCAGCUAUGGUAUAUUCUCACCUUCAGAAUGUAAAAAUGCCAAAUUAAUUUUAUCAAGACUUUUUGGGGAAUGCUAUACUUUAUUUGAAAUUCCGUCAAUAUUAUUAAAAACAACGUGCAAUGUAGAGAAAAACGACUUUUUCUCUAAAAUUGACACUAUUAGAAUAUCAAGAGAUUAUGCAGAUACUGGCAACAUCAGUGAAAUCAAUGUGAAAAAUAAAGCCUUGUUUGAUUCCAUGAAAAAGAUGUGCAGACAUCUUACGACAGAUGAUAUCAAAGAUUUGGUAGAAACAGGAAUAAGCGAAACCAUAAAUUAUCUGUCCGAUUGUACGACAACUUAUUUAAUGGAAAAUCCUAUUAUUGCUUUUACUCUUAUAUUUCUUCACUACUCAAGACGCAAACAAUCAACAAGUCUCAGAGAAAUUUUCAAUGACUGUAAUGAUUCGGGUAUUCAAUUGAAAACCAUAAAUUUAUCAAAAAAUGUUUUGGAUUCUGUGAUAAGUCAAUUGUCGUAUCUGAAAUAUGAAACAGAAACUAAAGCCGCCAAGAGUAGCAUUACAAUGUAUCAGCUGCUGGAUGGUUGCGAAAAAUUUCAGUCGCCAUUCUUUUUCAAAUGGCGUUUUAAGCAAGCGAAAAUGCUGGAUUUCUCAAAUGAAAAAUUGGCCAAAAAGUAUGGGCACAAAGAGCAGUUGAACUAUAUUUACUACCUGAAAGAAGCCCGACCUAACAUGGCCAUUAACAUGCUCAAGCAAGAUCGUUUAACGACCGGUGGCAGCUUAUCUUCUACUUUAAAAUCUCAAGUUACGCUACACGCGCACGUAUUCGCGUUGCGCAACGUGAAAAAUGUGGCCAUCGUCAGUGGCUGCCUCGCGUUCAUCGAGAUGUUGGGCAUGAAUUCAGAAAAUUUGAAGCUUCACGUCGCAGCGGCGAAUCUCGUGCAGAGGGAAUUGAACAUUUGCAUUGGCACAAAUUUGGAAGCGAUGAUCUACAACAGCCAACAAGAUCUCAAGCUCGUAAUGAAUUACGUCGAGCGUAGUUUUCAUUCUAAAUUAACGAUUUCAUUGCUUGACAACAACGACAGCUUCGUCGAAGCUCUGAAAAAUUGGGAUGUAAUCGUACGUCUCGCUCGCAUUCAAAACGCCAGUCUGCCAACGUCAAUGCUCAAAUUUUUGGCCGCGAACGACGCGUGGUUCGAGUUCGCUUUACUUGGUGAAAUUUUCGCUUAUCCCGUCAGCCAGAUGGUCGAGUGCAUUCAGCAUUUCGACAGCACGAGUUUGCGAGAGCAUCUCUUGCUCUCGCUGAAAAAUCCUCAGCUGCUCGAAGACGCUUCGGUCUGCAAAAAUAUCUUGAGCGAUCACAACGACGAUUUGUGGUUGAUGAUACUCAAAUGCCACGAGAGUCCGAAUCCACCCGAGGCUCUGCGUCAAGCUGCGCGUCUACUCAAAUCGCCUGUAUUGAUUGUUCUGGCCACCUGUUACGAGCCAACGUCCAUCGCGUCAUACUUCUGCACGUGGAUCGUCAUAUCUACCGACAAUUUGGAGCUCACUGAAGUUUAUGAAGAAUGCAUGGAGAAUCAAGUGUGGACGGCUCGCGAUGUAGCGAGUCUCUAUCGCGACGUUAUUUCCCGCGGCUACGUGAGUACGCUGUUGCGAGGCUGGCAGAUAUUUCUUCCAGAAAAUCCAUUGAAGAUGUUUGUGCAAUAUCUCACGCAGUGCAUAGAUUACUGCGAUUUUGAGGAUAGGCAGGGGUUCCUGGAAAAUUUCAUCGGAGAGUGUUUGGAACUUGAAAACAAUGCAAUGAUGGAUUGGGAGUGCGAUGAAGCUACUUAUUGGCAAAACAUCUACUGGAUUCACUCAGUAGCAAUCAAUUGUAUCAUCGUGUCACUUGACGAUUCUCUCGAUAGCACCUACUCCAGACUUCAAUUAUUGACUACCCUGAAGAACGAGAAUUUCCACACAAAACUUUCAGUAGAUGCUCCGAAUUUUGAUCUGCUGCUCGAGUACACGAAAAUACUCGCAGAAACUGGAGUAAGUUUGAAUUAUUCAUCCUUCGAUACCACCCUGAAAACCAAUGAUCCUGUAGCAGAAAUCGAGAGAUGCAUAAACGAAUUGCUCCUACUGCAACAUUAUCAAUGUGCGUUGAAGCUCGCACAAACUGCUAAUGUUAAUGCAUCAAGCAUAAUACUUGCACAGUGUCGCGAAGAGUUCCAACGUCACUCCAAGCAAGGUGGAGUAGUGACCAGCGAUUUUUGGCAACGAUGUUUUGACAACUUUGAAAAGUACGACGUGUGUCACGAGAAAGCCGCGGAAUUCUUCGUCGAGCACGCCGAAAAAGUGAAAUCGUACAAAUCUCGGUACGAGAUUCUAAAAUUAGCUUCGGAGAUACUGGAAAAAAGCUCGCAAGAUCGGCGCGUGUGCGACACCGUUGAGAUGGCCAUGUGGAAAUCGUGCAUACUCGCCGGACCCGAGAACAUUGACAUCGAGUCUAGGGAACAGGUUUUCAGUAAAUUGAAGACCGAACUGAUGUCGAGCCUCAGCGGCUUACAGGUCAACUGUUCGCUGGUCGACGAGGCUGAAAAGUUAGCCGUCGAAACGUUGAUAGGCCGCAUGCUGGAUGCCGGCAGGCUCGACACCGCUCUGAGGAUCGGAGCGAUUUUCAGUCACAGGAAUAAAGACGUGCAGAUUUUGAUGCUGUGCUUGAGCUUGGCCGAGGGUGAAUUAUCGCCUUAUCAGCUUUUCGCGCAUCAAAGGGCAUUGCUCUGCGAUACCAAGCGACCGAAGCAGAGAAGCGUUACCCUCAAGAGUCUUGGAUUACAGCGACUUCCAUCGUCGAAUUCUCUGAAUUUGUCCAUUGAAUCGGAGACGCCUCCGUCGACCGUAACAGCAUCUACUAUCGAUGUAUUGAAGCAAGAGAAAUUAGACUGCCUAUCUCUGCUGACGAACUCGGUCGAAACUUUGAACUACGGCGCUGACAUCGGAAUGCGCGUGCUGCUCUGCUAUCAUUUGGCUUUGCAUUUGGGCAAAAAUUACGAAGUUCUUUUGACGCACAACGACCCCAUGCAUCUUUUGCAAGAAGUCGUCGCUGGUACGCACGAGUGGAAGUUAGAAAUCGCCCGUGACAUCAUAACGGCUUACCAGAUAGAGAAUCAGAAGGUCGCUCACUUUUUGGCCGACGAAAUCGUGGCUCACAUUACUCAAAUCAUCGAGGACGGCCAGAACGAGCCCACUGCCGCUUGGAACUAUAAUAUGAAUUUACAGUCCGUUAUCGAGCUGUGCAAGGAUACGUCUCUUUUGGGAUCGAAACUGCUGGACAUGGCUCGAAAACUGCUUGGUCACUCUCACGGUGAAAAGAGAAAUCUCGUAACGCUGAAGAUCAUCGUGGAACUGUUGAUUCGGUCGCAUGACUGCUUCACGGCAUCGUGUAACAUGGAAGGCAUCGCAUCAGUUCUGAAAAAAUGCCAGCAACUUGCCAACUCUCUGCAAAAUUUGAAGCACUGGAGUUUACUUGUGCGAUUGGUAACCGGGGUCGGCCGCUUCACCGAGAUGAAUUACAUCUUUCAAAUACUCAAAGAGCACGAUCAGUUCGAGUUUUUACUUGGUCGAGGUUUGGAUAAGAUACCCGGCCUAAGAAUGGCGAUGCUCGAUUUCCUGAAACGCCAUUGUCCGGAAAACAAAGACCUAUUCAACAUCGUCGCUCUGCAUUUCCGGCUGUAUUACGAGAUCGCGCUAAUGUGGGAAAGUGAGGCCAAGGACGUCAUCAAUGAACUGGUAAACGAAGCUAAAAAGGAGUGCGGAAGGGUCGUUUAUAGUUCCAAUGUCGAAUUGAAUUUCACGAGGAACGAGUCGACGGAGAAGAGAUUGCAACUGGCCGUUGCCAAUCUCACCCAUGCCACGCAAUAUUUCUUACAGGAUAACAAAUUGAAUUUAGCCAAUCGCUGCUCGCAUCAGGCGCAGCUCGUAGCCCUGCAGAUAUCUCUGUGCUCGAGGGCGAGCGUCAACGCGACUUUCCCGUGCCUGCUGAAUCUCCAAGCGGAAGAAAUCAAUCGGGCCAUAAGUCGACAUCUAAGCUUCUCGCAGGCCCUAAUAGUCGCUCGCGCCUACGAUCAUCACGUCGACUGGGCCAGUGCCAUUUACCAUCACUGCUUGAUCAACGGCGAGAGCAAGUACCUGCGUGAUUUCAUCACUUCCAAGUGCCUGACGGCCUCCGUGGCCGUCGACUGUGCUCGUAGAUAUAGAUUAGAGAAGACAAUCAGCAAGCUCAUGUCCGACAACAUGCAAGUGCUCGUGGCCAAGGUCAACGACAACGAGUGCAAAUACGUGCUGGCGAGCCAGUUGGGCUUCCGCAAGAUCGUCGAGGACAUGCUCGACGAUCCGGCGGUCGGGGCUUACUUGAAAGAUACGGUUUUUAGGAGGCGCUACAUGGGCAAUGAAAUGCUGUGAGAUUAAUGUGAUUACAAUACUUUGAUGCGUUUUUGAUCUGAGUUUUUUUAGAAAACUAUAAUGUAUUUGUUUACGAUGCGAAGAUUUUACAAUAAUACGUUGUAAACGUCUUCUAAUUAUUAAGCAAAAAAAUUAUUAUGUAAAAUAUUACUUUGAAAGUAAUUUUAUAAUUUGAACCGUUUCUUACUCUAUUAUUUAAAAAAUAGUAUGAGACAAGUCUAGGAGUUAUAAUUAAUUAAUAUUACAUGUUAAAAGUGUAAUAUAAUGAAUAUGUACAUUGAAAAUCCGUGGAUUUUGAAAAUUUCGGGUAUUUAUAUAUAAAAGAGAAUAGAUUUUUAUACAAGUACAGCUAAAGUAGCCUUUUGUAAUGAAAUUAGAUACUAAAUAAAUUAAGUCUAGGUUUUUUUUCAAUUCUCAAAAAAAUGUGAU